UGGGCCAUUGCUGUCGCAUACCUUUUCACCAUUCUUUAGUGUCAUUUUUUUUCCUUCAAUCCCCCAAAGAUGAGCGCCAACCAGGAUAUCACCCUCACAGAGGGUGAAGGUUCUAGGCCAGCUGCUGACAAGGGCAAGGGCAAGGCUGUUGGGUCUGAGGAUAUACCUAUGGAGCAGUAUUCUGGGGACUCUGAGACAGAUGAGAGUGAUGCUGCAGAUGAUGAAACUUUUCCUGAAGAUGACAUUGAAGAGGAAGACGAAGCGGGAGACGAUAACCUCGAACGCAUUUCGGAGGAAAACAUCAUCCCAGGCGGUCGUCGCACUCGCGGUAAAGUCAUCAACUUCGCCGAAGCCGCAGAAAAGGUCGCAGAGGACGAUGCGAUGGACGAUGAUGACGACGAAGAAUACAAGCAACGCGACGAGGACGACGAGAUGCAAGGCUAAAUCCCACUCUCAAUUCUACGUACCCAAGCGCGGCCUUAGAGCUUAGGGAGAUAGCCCUGUCCUCAGCCAGGGAGGACGCUCAUUCUUUUUUCUUCUGGCAUUUAAUCCCUUCUUUCCCCCCUUUAUUCUGUGGGCGUGGUGUGGUGUUCAUGCGUCGUGCGGGCCUGGACCAGGGUUUAAACAUUGGGUCAAUUGGUUUCUGGUUAUUCCAUGGCUGGUUCGGUAAAAAAGAAACAAAAAGAGGGCGCUUUUGUAAAAUGACACACAUGAUUGUUCACGUUAUGGAUAUGGAUGUACCACAAAAUAAUGAAGAUCAAUGAUACAUACCAAGCAAUUCGAAUUUGAAUAUAUCCUGAUUUUCUCAUCUG